AUGGAACGUGAGAUGGAAGAGUUGCUCAAGUCUCAUCUGCGAGAGAAUAAUCUUUUGCAAGAUGAACCCAGGUCAUGGAUCGUUGGUCGUUCUCCUCUCGGAGGUCGCGGCAUAUUUGCCACGCGAGAUAUACGAGCUGGCGAGCUAAUCUUCAUAGACGUCCCAUUAUUAAUAGGACCACGAUGUUACAACAAGUACUUGCCAAUGUGUGUCGUUUGUUACAAAAACAAUUGCGCUCUGUUCCCCUGCGAUCACGGCUGCGGUUUGCCGAUCUGUUCUACAGAAUGCGAAAAUUCCAUGGUGCAUGUCCAAGGGGAAUGCCGAUUCUUGAGAGAAUGGACGCCAACUUGUGGUUCUACCUGGUCCAAAGACCUGUUACUCGCAGUAGUGCCGAUACGAGGUCUUACAUUAUCGAAAGAUCAGUAUAAACUCUUGUAUGCUCUUGAGUGCCAUGCGAAUCUUACUCCCAACUACGAGAUCGACUUGCUCAAGAGAAACGUAGUCAAUCUUCCCAGCGAGGAGCAAAUGGAACUCAUGAGACGCACUUGCGGCGUCUUUAAUACAAAUUCGUUCGAAGUUGUGGUUGUACCUUCACGGGACAAGGACUAUACCACGAGUUUACGUGGUCUUUAUCUAAUGGGAGCAUUACAGAAUCAUUGUUGCGUGCCAAAUACCAGGCAUCACUUCGACGAUCAGCAACGGUUGUACGUGAGCGCCGUGCUGCCUAUUGCCGCUGGCGAAGAGAUCACCAUGUCCUAUACCGAUCUGCUUUGGGAUACAUCGAGCAGAAGGCAGUUCUUAAAAGUCACCAAACGUUUCUCCUGCAAUUGCAAUAGGUGCUCCGAUCCUCUGGAAUUCGGUUCUCAACUCGGCGCGCUUCUCUGCGCGAGGGACAGUUGUUCAGGAUGCUUGUUACCUUUUAAUCCUCUCAAUCGUGAAUCAUUCUGGAUUUGUCAUAAGUGCCAAACCAGCGUGAAUUACAGACAGAUCGAAUGUAUUCAUUCAGGAUUGAACACAUUUGUAUCUGAUGCUAUGUAUAAAACUCCGCGAGAAAUUCUAAGAUUUACAGAAGCAGUACUAUCGAGAUUGAUACCUGCCACUAAUUAUAUCAUGAUGAAUAUCAAAUAUCGUAUAAUAUCUUACUUUGGCAGAGUUCCCGAUCUUAAAUGGGAAGAUCUCACGGAUACAGAACUUAGAAUUAAAAAGAUGUAUUGUGACGAUAUACUUUCUGCUUUAGACACUUUGGGUUCUGGAGAUUCUAUUAAAAAAGGUCUUGUUUUAUACGAAUUGUAUCGUACAAAUCUUGAAUUGUUUAAACGCCAGAUUUCUGAUAACGAUGAACAGACAUAUCUGCACAUAAAAAAUGGCGAUAAUGAACAACUGUUAAGAGAGGCAAUGAGUAUAUUACAAAACGAUGUUGGCGCAGCCUGUGUUCGCAAAAGCGAUUAAUUAACAAACGACUAUUUUGACACUGUUCCUAUUUAUUACCGAUAUUUGUAAAUGUGUACAUACAUUACGAGAAAGCAAAGAAUGCGUCUACAUUACAACUUUCACAAUUUAAUUAUUUGACACUGUAUUUUUAAA